AUGGAGAAUUAUACACCUAGAUUAAAGGUCACAAAAGUAGUUUGGGAAAUACCAGAAGAAGGCUGGAUUAAGGUGAACACAGAUGAUGCCUCGAGGGGAAAUCCUGGCAGGAGUACAAUUGGAUUUUGUGUAAGGGAUGAAUAUGAAGACAUUGUGUUUGCUGAAGGGAAGGAGAUAAAUGAGGCAACAAAUACUGAAGCAGAAGCUGUGGCUAUUGUAGAAGCACUAAAAUUCUGCAGAAUGCAGCUCUACCCUCAAGUGUAUGUUCAAACUGACUCGAUGCUUAUGAAGAAGAUUAUGGAGGGAUCGUGGAAGCCACCUUGGUGUAUAGUAGAACAGAUUGAGGAGAUUAUGCAGCUGUUGAAUGAAGAUAAUUAUGUAGUAUCACAUAUUUAUAGAGAAGGAAAUAAGUUGACUGAUCACCGUGCCAAUUAUGCUCUUGAUCAUGGGAAUAUAGUCUGUCAAGAUUUCUAG